AUGGUGAAGUACCUGGCUUUCCUGCACAAGAGGAUAAACACCGAUCCCUCUCGUGGACCGUACCACACCAGAGCUCCCAGCAGGAUCUUCUGGAGGACUGUCAGAGCAAUCCUGCAGGUUCUGCUGCUUGAUGGCAGGGGCCAUCUUCUUGGCCGGCUUGCUGCCAUUGUGGCUAAACAUGUGUUACUGGGACACAAAGUGGUGGUGGUGAGAUGCGAAGGCAUCAACAUUUCCGGCAACUUCUACCGCAACAAACUGAAGUACCUGGCUUUCCUGCGCAAGAGGAUGAACACCAAUCCCUCUCGUGGACCGUACCACUUCAGAGCUCCCAGCAGGAUCUUCUGGAGGACGGUCAGAGGAAUGCUGCCCCACAAAACCAAGAGGGGACAGGCUGCUCUGGAGAGGCUGAAGGUGUUUGAUGGUAUCCCCCCACCCUAUGACAAGAGGAAGCGCAUGGUUGUCCCAGCUGCUCUGAAGAUCGUGCGUCUGAAGCCCACUCGCAAGGUGAGACUCCAGACAUUCAGUGUUAAUGGUUAGAUGAGGUUUUAAUGU